AUGUGCCGCGUCGUACUGCUCAACCAGACCCAGUACGUCAAUCAUCAGUUGGGAGCGGGGCUCCCAAGUAUCCCAGGACGAGGGAUAGCCGCGCCACCGGACGAGGUAACUCGUCCUUCACGUCGCGGUGGUUCAACAGCUGCUCAACUAGAUCGCGCUGGCCACCGCGAGAGUCCUCUAAUGGAGGUGGAGGAGGAGGAAAGACGCUCUCCAAACUAUCGUGGGGGAGCGUGUGUUCCCGAGAGCUUCUUUGAUUGCGUAACGCAAGGGUUACGCGACGAUCUCGAACAUGAGCGGAAUAGGGGUCUCCAUAUGGCGGACACUGCCUUGAAGCAUCGAGCUGAGUUUGCCUUUGCUCAGUUUGAGAACGAGAUAUCUCUGACAUCUCUUCGUGACGAGCUAAGGGUAGCUCGUGGGAUUGCUGAUCGGUCUCGGGAUCAGAUAGCUGCUCUUCAGACCCUUGUUGAUAUCCACCAUCAGGAGCACAAGGCCCUCUGUGCGAUGCUUGAGCGCAAGGGCGUUCUUCAUCGGAAGAAACAGCGUACUGAUGGUACGGCUUAA